GCGCUUGCCGUAGAUGAUCGUGGCUGUGUUGGAAUCAUCGGCCCGGCCGCCCCGCACGUCCAUUUUCUCACGAAGUCGAGAAGUUAAUCUCAACAGGAACUUCGACCAACCUCCGACACUUCAAGCUUCAACCUCACUCAGGUGAAGUCGCUUCAUUCGCUUGUAUUUUUGGAUUCGAAUUAUUAGGAUCCAAAAAGUCCUUGGGCCUGUUAGGUAUUCUUACAAUCGUCAUUCGUCUCCAAAUCUAUCGUUUUCAUUGUGUCCUAUUGCUAGAGACAGUUUUAUAUCUCUCAAAUCUAAUCAUUCAAUAUAACUCAAGCAUCUCCAGGGCGACAAUGUUGUUUACCUUCCUGGCUCUGGCUCUAAUCUGCGGCGCCAAGGCACAUCACCAUUCUGAGUCUCUCAAUGACCACCUAUCUGUCCCUAGCCACUCGGGUAAAUGUGUUCGCCAAUUCAAUGAAGAAUACGACAUCCCGUACUGGUACCCAGAUCAAGAAACACUCGAAUACAGUGGUGUCGAACCCCCUCCACUUGAAAUCGAGCCGCUUAUCGUCUCAGGGCCCAGCAAUAAUCGAGUCGACUUGGUUUUCUUCUCCGAUGGCUACAUUCUCGAGGAGCGCGAAAAAUUCAUCGUGGACGCUAUGCGACUAGCGGAGGACGUCUCCAAAAACCAAACAUUCAAUACAGUCCAGCCAAUACUCAAUUUCUGGGCCGCAUUCACACCCAGUCAAGAAAGCGGUGUUGGUGUAGGUGGAAAGCCCAAGAAUACCACGUACGGCCUCUAUCGCCCCGGAACAGAACUUCGCGGGGUCUAUUAUGCAAAGCCAGAAGUGGCGGGAGCUGCGUGCUCCUCCAUGGGAGAUCAAUGUGAUUUUCCCAUUUUGCUAGGCAAUGAUCCAUUGUACGGGGGUCUUGGUGGCAGAUACACUGUAAUCACAUCAUCAAUAGUCAACGGACCCUCGAUCCUACGCCACGAACUUGGGCACUCCAUCAUCCUCGUUGGGGAGGAGUAUGAUGGAGGCGAGGUCUACCGCGGCGUCGAUGCAUAUCACGACUUGAGCGAACCCGUUCCAUGGGCUCAUUGGCUUACGAACCCUCCAGAGGACGACCAACCUUCUCGCGUCGAACGAUCCGUCAUGCCGCUUCAAGACUACGCCUGGUCUAUGCUCAACACAUCAAAGCCCUGGACAACCGAGUUCGUUUCAUCCGGAACGUUUUCGCGCCACCUCGUCCGAUUUUCGCUCUCGGGCCUUUUGGAGAGCUCCGACCUCACGGUGAAAUUGGAUGGUAUUGACCUAGGUUGGGUUCCCAAAGAAGGACUGGGCGUAGAUCGAUGGCAUUAUGACGUCUAUCGAGACAAUGCUUUGGCCGGUGGUACGCAUGAGGUCAAGUUCACGCUCCUCAACGCGGACAGAGAAGGUAUAGCUCAGUUGUGCAACGUGGAAAUCUUGGAAUUCGGUGAUGAGAAUGAGUUCAUCGCGGCACCGAAUUACUAUGGUGUUUUCCCCACUUACUCCGCCACGAACAAGACGUCCUAUCGCCCAACAAACGAGGACUGUCUCAUGCGACUCGUCACGACUUCUAACUUCUGCAAGGUCUGCCUAGAAGGUCUCUGGCACGCCCUGCUGUCAAAGGUCAAUCUGAUCGAUAGUUUGACCGAGGGCUGUUCUGGGAAGUCCAAGACACUCACUGUCAAGUUGAUCCCGUUGGCCCAGUUCAGACAAGUGCCAAUUGAGCCGACCGAAAGUUAUACGAUUACUUGGUCUAGGAAUGGAGAGGUCAUUGAAGCGUUUACCAAUAAAACAACUCUUAUCGUGGACGAGAACGCCGGCGCAACUUAUACGGUAACCGCGAAAUACGUCACCACGGAAGUGAGAGUGGAUAAGGAAGGCCAUCUGGUUGACAGUAUGGAUUACAUGGUUACAGAUGUUUGUGAACAGUGAUGUCCAUUGCUUGCGACUCUGUGUUCGGUGUGCAGAGAGGAGAAUAUUUGACUUCCAAAUGAAUUGCAUGAUGGGGUAAAUACUGUGCUGUAGGGUAUUCCAAUAAAACCAGGUUGAAAGAGA